AUGGCUUCAGUCGAGCCGCAAUGUCAGGCCCUGCGAGGUGACAAGCAGCGCUGCACAGAAGAAGCUACCCACGCCAACCAGCUCUUUUGUCUCUUGCACUCUAGACAAGCUCAGGGUCUGUAUGUCGGAUACAAGCGUCGCAAUGCCAAGCUUGAAUACCUUGAGAAGAAUCCUCCAUCAUACUUGCUCGAGACUAAAACUCCUCUCUCCAACGAGGACUUCAGCGCCGUCAACGAUGAAGAAACCAUCCAAGACGUCAUCAAUCAUCUUCUCACCAACUAUGACUACGGCCACCAGUUAUACAUUGAUAAGCUUGUCAACCAGCGUCAUAUCACCCUUGGUGCUCUCGAGAGAGCCAGGAAGCGCUUCCUCGCUAUCCAUUACGAGAAUGAACAGUGGUACUCUUGGGUUAAACACGCCCAAGACGAACAAGAACAGAACCGCGAGAAGGAGCAGGAGAAGGUCAAGCAAGAAGCUUCUUUGUUCCAGCGUCACAUGAAGCAGUUGGAGGCCCGACUCGAAAUCAUGCGAAGAAAGGAAGAAAAGAAACUUCAAGAUGCUUUCCUCGACGAGGCCUACAAGAAGCGCAUGGCCCAAAAUGACGACAAUGUAGAUGACGCCGCUUGGGAUUCUAUCGAGGAUAUGGAAGAAGAUAAGCGAAACCAGUACAUCGACCUCAUCAAGCACUUCCUCUGGAUGCCCGUCGACCUUGAAGAGAUACCUUCCACUUUAUCAUCAAACACCCCCUCUGCAGACGUACCAUCUGUAUCUGUACCUGUCUCGGAGCCUGAAGCUUCAACCUCGUCGGCUACUGCCAUGGUCAAGGCCAAAAAGAAGAAAGCAAAAAGCGGUUCUAAGAAAACUUCCAGCAUUGAAGAUAGGCUGGCAGGACAGAUGAAGCUACUUGCUAUAGCCAAACGACCUCAAUCUAACCAAGAGCCUGAGUUGAAAGAGCCGGAUAAGAAAAACAUUGAGACAGAGGAAGAAAUGAGAAAGCGCUUGCGUAAGGGUGCCAAGAAGAACCGGGAAAUCAUGCCUGGUACGCAGAUCGUGGGCACCAUGGCAAAUCCCCACACGACGUGGGAUAAGACUGCGCCCAUGCCAGAAGACGAGAUCGAUGAUCUUAUACGAGACACCAGAGAGAUCAAGAUUUACCUAUUCUGUCGUCUUAUUCUAUCGCAAGCUUCUCUGCUCCCCACGGCUCUGAAAGCCAACACUGUUCAAGAGUUUUUGGACGACAACACUGUUGUCGAAGACGCAUCUGCCGAUUUUGCCCGUGGGGACAAACCAGACAAGAUUUCCGUCGAUGAUGCCGAUGACGACGAUGAUGACGAUAACGAGACUUUGGAAGAUCUCGCCAGGAGCGACGUUAAAUAUUCGCAUCUUCACACUCACAACUGGUUCGCAGUUAGAAUGAAGAGUUACGGAGAGGAGGAGAAGAAGAAGAAGAAGAAGAAGAAAAAAAAAGAAAAAGUCGAAGGGCUCAAAAUCAAAGUCCAAGGUAACCAUCUGCGGAAAGAGGGCAUAGCCACAACCCAAAAGGAGCCUCAUCGACCUGGCAAGCUCGACCUCUUCAUCAACUACGAGAACCAAUACAAAAAGUUCAACAUGAGAAUCGAUCCGUCUUUUGAGGCACCCUCGCAAUGGCCAGAAAUUAUCCCGCACGCCAAGCCCUUUGCCGGUUCUCACCCAGCUGCACGCUUCGCCCUCUUACGUAACUGGUCCUCACCGCACUGCUACCCCUUCAUGGUUGGUGGACCCGACCGAUAUUCAACGACAUUCCUCGACAGCCGUAACCGCUCGUGGGCGUGGAGGUUUGUGCCCAAAGAUAUGACUGCCAGUGCGUACAGCCCUCACGAAACCAUUAAGAGGAGGCUGGAGGAUCUCAAGCAUCAGUUUGGAAGCCGCGUGAUCAAUCGUGGCGAUUUGAUCCUUGUUAUGGGCGAAGAUGAGGAAGACCUGUUCAAGUACUGUACUGCGGUUACAUUGGCGAUUCAGACUAAGCCUUGGAUACUGGAGAUUAAUCUGUAG